UGGUGAAGGCGUUAACUUUUCGAUUCGUAACAUUCGCUUGAUGAGUUGAAAAAAAUAUAUAUGUUCCACCAACAAUAAUACCGGAUUCUGUCAUAAAGUCUACACACGAAAAGUUUCGUUUGCCUUUUUUCUUUCUCACAUCCGUGGAACUUGGCAUUUAUACCAGACAGACAUAAAUCUUUUUUCUAGAAAUUGGCAGAGCCCCACACUUCCAAAACUGUUAUACAAACAAAAUUGUGAAAAUCCUUUCCCUAUUUCUCAUAUUCUUUUAGAUAUGCUUAGUACGAAAAUGCCCAAAAUUUUGAUCGUUGGAAGUGGCCUUACCGGAAGCUUGGUGGCCGCUUCGUUACUCAAAUUAGGAAAAGAAAAUAUCAAUGAUCAGGUUCAACUAUCUAUCUGGGAAAAAGCUAGAGGAGCCGGAGGGCGAAUGUCAACAAGCCGAAGUCCUCACAAUCAAUUGUGUGCUGCUGAUCUAGGGGCACAAUACAUAACCUGCACACCCCAUUAUGGCAAGGAACAUAGCAAGUAUUAUGAAGAACUUUUGUCUGUGGGAAUUUUAGAGCCACUCAAAUUAAACAUCAACAAUUGUCAUGAACAUGAAGCAGGAACCAAGCAUUACAUCUCUCCAAAUGGAAUGAGCUCCCUUGUCAAAUAUUUUCUUAAUAAAUACGAGUGUGAACCAGAGUUUGAACACCAUAUUACUAGUGUGACUAGAAUAAAUGAGAAAUGGUGUGUUUCAACUCUUCAAGGAAAGCAAAACUAUUUUGAUGUGGUUAUUUUAACAAUUCCUGUCCCUCAAAUUCUGCAAUUGGGGGGUAGUGUAAAAGACAUUCUUGAAAAUAACCAUGAAAUGAAGACAAAAUUGGAAAAUGUCAAGUACAGUGCACGUUAUGUAAUGAGCUUGUAUUAUGAUCACGGCACUGAACUGAAUUUACCAUUCGAUGCCUCCUACAUAAAAGAUGAUCCUGUAUUUCGAUUCAUCGCAGUCGACAAUUUAAGAAGAAAUCGGCCUGACGUCCCAACAUCUGUGAUUCUUCACACAUCUGUCCCCUUCGGUGUACAACAUAUUGAUCUAACCGUCCCAGAAGCGGAACCUAUUCUAAAAGAGGCUUUAAAACGAUCUUUCCCCGAUCUACCUUCACCAAAGGCAUUUAAAUGCCAUAAAUGGAGAUACUCCCAGGUAACGAAACCGUAUGAAGAUCAGCCGGGUGUACUUGAGAUCUCCCAGGAACCUCUUCUGCUAGUUGGUGGGGAUGGAUUUACUCAUUCGAACUUCGAUGGUUGUGUAUCGUCGGCUGAAAAAAUCAUUCAGCACUUCACAUCAAAAACAGCCAAUUUAUAGCGCAAAACCUUAUAUGCAAAAAAACUUAUAGAUAUUAAAUAAAAUAAAUUACAGGACA